AUGAGCAAAUCAAAAACUGUGAAUCCGCUUUCACCAUUAGCUCUUUACAAUUUAGUAUCCGCUGCCGGCUGGGCAUACAUUUUAUAUACUGUCGUUGCAUGGUACCCUGUAUUAGGCCAACCUGAAUAUUAUCUCAGAACUAAAGAUAUCGUGAUUUUGAUUCAAUGCGGUGCAGUGAUUGAAGUUUUCAAUUCUGCUUUAGGUAUUGUGCGUUCUCCAAUCGUGACCACAUCUGCUCAAGUUUUAUCAAGAUUAUUAGUAGUGAUUGGUAUUUUCCGUUUACUACCUGAGACACCUGCCACUGGCUCAAUUGCUUAUGUUACAUUAUUAAGUGCAUGGUCCAUUACAGAGGUUGUUAGAUAUAUAUUUUAUUUCUUCACAUUGUCAUUCAAGAGUGGACCACCUACAAUUUUGUUGUUUUUAAGAUAUAAUUUAUUUUUGAUAUUAUAUCCAACUGGUGUUGCUAGUGAAUUGACAUUAAUCUACAGUUCAUUAUCAGUUGCUGAGCAGAAAUACUCAGUGUAUGCCAAGUACUGCUUGAUCUUCUCAAUGUUAACUUAUUUACCAGGUCUACCAAUGCUGUUCUCUCACAUGGUCGUUCAAAGACGCAAAGUCAUGAAAUCACUGAGGGAGGGCAAAACAUCUCAAAAGAAGGACUAA